AUGUCCAACCUAUUUUCAGGGAUUAGUGGCCGCUUCCGAGGCGGUGGUAAGAACAACGGCACCAAAGCCCCGGGAGGCCAAAAUGGAGCAUCGCCAACAUCACCUACAGGCCCUCCUCAAGCCCCCUCUCAAGCCUCCUCUCAAGCCACUUCGCAAGCAGGCUCGCAAACUGCCUCUCAGGCCAGCUCUUCCUCUGCCAGCCUGGCACCGAGAGUACCGCCGCUCCCGAACUCACCUUCUCUAUCGCAGACCCUUUCUUUGAAUGACUCCACUGCCAGUCUUCCCAAUGGAGACCCACUUGCAGUGUACAAUCUUCAUCGUCCUUUGCCAUUGUGGCUCAAUAAUGCCUACGCGCAGCACAUCGUCAAAGGCAAUUUCAUGACCCUAUCAGCUCGCCCGAAGACCGUAGAGCAAGGCGAGUGGAUUGCUCACCAAGUCGUUGAGCAUUACCGCAACCUGUGGAAUUUCGUCCGCGUCGUCCAUGACAAAGAGGAGAAUGGAACUUCGAUUUGCAAUUCCCAAACUUGCCCCCGCAUGUCUGCUAGCGCAAACCACUCUUUCACUUGGUUGAACUCGCGCAAGGAGCCUGUUGAGGUCCCUGCUCAUGAAUAUAUCUCGCUCAUGCAGCGUUGGAUUUCUGGCAAGAUCGAUAACACCAACAUCUUCCCAACUGAUCCGGCUGGCGUUUCAUUUGCACAUAACACGGCCGCCCCCGAGAUUUCAAGCGCGACCUAUGCAUCGGGCGGUCUCAACACUCCUGGCUCAAACACGCCUAUCCCAGCUGGCCCGACUACUUUGAACGUCUCUCUUUCUCAACUCGCUGGCCAGGGCGAUUGGAUUGGCAAGAGCAGUGGUUUCCCACCUGAAUUUGUUGAGGUCUGCCAAACUAUCUUCCGACAAAUGUUCCGUGUCUACGCUCAUCUCUAUUGGGCCCAUUUCGUCGAUCCUUACUAUCAUCUCAAUCUCGAAAAGAGCAUGAACAGUUGCUUCAGUCAUUUUGUUCUUACGGCCACGGAGAUUGACAUGUUGAAACCUAACGAACUGGAGCCAAUGCAACCCUUGAUCGACCUUUGGGCGGCCAAUGGAACAUUCCCAAAGACUUCAAAAGCAUACGGCUUCGCCAAUAUUCGAGCGGGAGAGCGUCUUCUUCAGCUUGCUGGAGUCACUCAGUGA